CAUUAAAAUAUUCAACAUGUGAAUACUUUGCGUUUUAAAUAAGUGCACGCGUUGAUAAGCGCCAUCUGUGAAAAGUCGCUGUAAAGUAACAUUUUCAGAACAAAAAUAUUGAACUCGGAGAUUCUUGCUUAAAAUAAAUAUUAUUUAAAAAUAUGUGAUUAACUAAAGCUAAAAUAUAGCGUAGGAUUUUGCAUUUUGUUAUUUAAAACAUUGAUGAUUGCGAAUUCGAGUCGCGUAGUGAGGACACUCCCCCCACUUUUAUAACAGCUGUCAGCUGUUAUUGUUCGACAAUUCAAUAUCAUUUGUACCGGCGUUUUUAUAUUUAUAACACGCGUAUCGAUUUCAUAACAAAUGUUAUGCGAAAGAAGUGGCUUGAAACAUAAAGUGUUUUAAUAAAAAUAUUUGAUAAAGUCUUGAAAAGGCAUAAAGUCAAUACUUUGUGACAAUUCAUAAGAUGUCAGUAUCAGUACAGAAGGUGACUGAACCAGUGUUGAUCGGGGAAGGUCCGCACUGGGACGAGCAGACGCAAGCGCUCUACUUCGUCAGCAUUGAUGAGAAGACCAUACACAAAUAUGUGCCAGAAACCGGACUUCAUACCAAAACUACUUUACAUGGUCGUGUGAGUUUUAUAAUAUCAGUGGAAGGAGCAUCGGAUCAUUUCGUGGUUGGUUUAGAGCGUCACUUUGUGAUAAUCAAAUGGGACGGCGGUGAUGGCAGUGAGGUGGAAAUUAUCAAGGAGUUGGCUGAAGUAGACAUAGAAACACCGGCAAAUAGACUAAAUGAUGGCAAAGUUGAUCCAAAGGGAAGAUUAUUCGCAGGUACCAUGGGUCAAAUGGCACCUACAGGUGAAUUUGAAAAAGAGAAAGGCUCGUUGUAUCGCUUAGACGAUAGAGGAUGUGUGAAGAUAUGUGACAAGAUCAACGUAUCUAACGGCCUGGCCUGGGACAUGAAGGAGAAAGCUUUCUACUAUAUAGAUUCAAUUGAUUAUAAGAUUAGACGAUACGAUUACGAUGUGGAAACUGGAGAUAUUUCGAAUAAAAGCUACGUAUAUGAUUUCAAGAAGAACGAAGUCAACGGUGGUCCGGAUGGUAUGACCAUAGACACUGAGGGCAAUCUAUGGGUUGCCAUAUUCUAUGGAUCGUGUGUACUCAAAGUUGACCCGAGGAGAGGCAUCAUAUUAGAUAAAGUAGAUAUACCAGCUAAGCAGAUCACUUCUGUGACUUUCGGAGGACGAAACUUGGAUACCCUGUUUGUAACAACGGCUAGUUUGAAUAUAGGGGAAGAACAGAAGCCGCCGUGUGGUGCUAUCUUCAUGGUCACAGGAUUGGGCGUUAAGGGACAUCCUAAUGUAAAGUUUAAAUUGCCCGCAAAUUAGUACCGAAACUGUAAUAAAAAUUAGUUACAUUUAUAAAUUACUAGCUGUCGCCCGUGACUACGUCCGCGCGAAACUAAAAUAAAA